GAAAGCAACACAUUUCAAUUCACCUACAAUUUGCUGCAAAAUUUUAUUCAAUUUUAUUCCAUCUCUAAUAAUUUGCCUCUCAUCUCAUUAUUUUACAAUAAUAAACCAUUUAUGUAGACUCUAGACUCUAUUCUAUUCUACUCUAUCUACACCACUUCCCUUUCUCAUCUCCCCUUGGUUUCCUAACCCAAAAAACUUUUUCAGAUUUGAAUCACAAACAAAAUAGCAAAUAGCAUUAUAGUUCUUCAACACCAAAUUCAAACUCCAAACUUGAAAGUACCACCAGUACUUUUCUUCUUGUUUGUUUCAUUCAUACAUUUUCCACAACUUAGUCUCAUGUAAUCAUGCCUCAAAAGUACCUACACCAGCUACUAAAGGAAGAUCAAGAGCCCUUCCUUCUCAAAAACUACAUUUCCGAUAGACGCAACCAACUCAAAAUCACUACCAUCAAUAAAAUUCAAAACUCUAACUCUAAUGUCAAUUUCAACAUAAAUCUCUGUAAAAACGCUUCUUGUUUUUUCUCAUUCCCAGAAACACCAGACUUCAGAAAAUCGCCGCUGUUCGAACUAACAUCGCCGGUUAAAAGCCCCUGCAAAUCGUCACGAACUGCCGCUCUUCUUCUAGAAGCUGCUCUCAGGAUCCAGAAACAUUCAUCAUCUUCAUCUUCAAAUCACAAAUCAAAAACCAAAGGUUUUGGCCUGUUUGGAUCUUUAUUCAAGAGAAUUAAGCAAAGAAACCAGAACCGGAAGCGUGAAAUCGAGAAUGAAAAUGUUUCUAUCAAAGAUAUAUUGAGUAGUAAAAAAUUUGAUUCUCAAGAGAGAAACAAAAGUUUGCCGUUCGAAACCGAAACUUCUUGCAGCGGUUACUCUGAAAGGAUCAUUCAUGAAGCUUGUGCUUGUUAUCACAGUUCUUUCUCUGAAAGUCCUUUUCGUUUUGUUCUUCAAACGAGUUCUUGCUCCGGCAGCCACACGCCGGAGUUAGCAUCGCCGAGUCGUCGCAUAACAGAGGACAAGGGGAGUAAUGGAGAAGUUGAGAGUAUCAAUCAAUUUCGGUCCGGGGAAGAAGAGGAAGAAGAUAAGGAACAGUGUAGUCCAGUCUGUGUUUUAGACCCACCAUUCGAGGACGAUGAGGAAGGACAUAUAAACGAUGAUGACGACGAUGAUGAUGAUGGUGGUGGUGGUGGUUUUGAUUUGAGCAGCUAUGCCAAUGUACAGAGAGCAAGGCAGAAGAUAUUGUACAAGCUUCGGAGAUUUGAGAAACUCGCGGGAUUGGAUCCGUUAGAACUCGAGAAGAGAAUGCUGGAAGACGAAGAGGAUGAGGAGGAAACAUAUAUGGAAGAGGAUGAUGAUGAAGAUGAGGAAAGUGAAGUAUCAUGUAAAGAAAAUGACUUCAAAGAGCUGGUUUUCGAAGCUGUCUAUAUGUCAAUGGUUCAUGACAGACAGCAAAUGCCACAAGAGUUUAAGAAACUAAUUUAUGAUCUCAUUUUGGAAGAAGAGAGGGAAUUUAACUCUCUAGAAGAUAGGGACAUGGUGAUAGCUAAUAUAUACAAGAGGAUGGAAUCUUGGAAAGAAGUGGAGUCAAACACAAUUGAUAUGAUGAUAGAAGAGGAUUUCUCUGUAGAGAAUGGAGGGUGGAAGAAAAAUGUUGAACAGAUAAGGAAUAUGGCUGGUGAGCUUGAGUUUGAUAUCUUUAGCAUUUUGGUGAAGGAAUUUUCAGAGGAAUUAGUAUGUUAGUAAUGUGGGUAAAUUUUGGGACAAAGUAUGAAUGGAUUAUCUUUAUUCUUUUUCUUAGAGAAUAGUAUAGUCUAACAUGGAAUGUAUUGGGUUUAGGCUAGUUAGAAAGAAGAAGAAAAAGUGACCCAAGAAUAUGUUUUGGGUUUUGUACAUGGUGACUCAUGUUUGUAACUAGAUGUGGGGGAUGUUUUAAGUCUCAUUUGCUUAAGUAUUAUAAUUAUGAUACUCUUGACCUCA